AACACACUUUUGAUUAUCAUUUAUUUUCAUAUAGUUGAUUUUAAAAUUUAAUUUUUAAAUGCUUUAAAGUGAAUUUGCAUAAAUAGACCUUGCAAAUGAAGUAAAUUGUGCAGACAUGUAUGGUAAUUCUGUGUGUGGCUGCAUGCCAUAUUUGUGUGGUUGUAAUUCAUUUUAUUUUAGAAUAUUAUAUUUCCCUUCCCUCAUUUCUAUUUCUAUUAUCUUUCCUUCCAGAACUUUCUUUCAACUUUGUAGUGAUAUCGGACUCUCUCGCCUCCCUCUCUGGGGAGGGGUUUUGUCAGGGCAGAUGCGAUCCAUCCAUCGACACAUGCUAACGAGGGGCCGUUAAGACCGGGGAAGAAAACGCGGGAAGAAGGAAUUUUUCAGAGAGAGGAAUUUGGGACACGAGAGGGAUUGUGAAGUAGCGGUCCCUGAGAGUGAAAUAAAGUUUUUUUUGUGGAAAGAUUGGACUGGUUAAUUGGUGAGACGAACCAACGGGGUGGAAUCCGCUGAUUAAGAGUGGGUUCCCUACAUUGGCACAGCCGACAGGAUAGUGAAGUCAGAUCGACAAGAUUUGAUCUGUUAAGAGAGUUAUUAAGAGCCAGAAUAAGAAGAGUGGAUCAAAACCGAGCUGAGUGGGUAAUUGGGCACGGCCCAAAGGUUUGAGGAAUAUACAAGGUUUACACCAGAGAAGAGGUAGGAAAAUUUUUUACUUGUCGGAAACGAAAUUCACGGCGGAAUGCUAAGCAUAAAGGGAGUUAAGGAGGAAGAUCUGCGGAUUGUGGUGGAAGAGCUUUGUGGCACAAUAGAUGACAAUCUGAGAGUAUCAGAGUUAAGGAAACUUAUUACAAAAAGUGACAAUUUUGCUAGCGACCCAGAUUUUGUGCUGGAGAUUUUGACAUCUACUGUUGCGGAAAGGAAACAGAAGGAGGAACAAGAGAGGCUAGAAAGGGAACGCCAGCAUGAGUUAGAGCUGGUGCGGAUUAACGCUACUAUUCAGAGCAGGGCGAGUAACGGUAGCCCUAGCCCUACGGACAGCCAUCAGGGUGAUACUCCCACCGAGAGUAUUGAGAAAUUAAUAACGAAUGUGAAAAUGUUAACACUGCCAGUCCCAACUAAGUCCGAAAAUUGGAACCUAUUUUUUGUAUCUAUAGAGCAAGCGUUCCAAUCGAAGAAUGUGCCGGAAGAGAUGAAAGCGGAGAUACUGAUCAAUAUUCUGGGAGAAAAGGCCGCAAACAUUUUGAUUUAUAUAACCGGAGACGAGUUAAAGGAUUACUCAAGUGUGAAGAAAUUAGUGCUACGAGAAUACAAACCGUCCGCCCAAUGCUGCCUGGAAAACUUUCGAAAUGCUAGACGUAUGCCCAACGAGACUCGCAUGCAAUUUAUGUCGAGAAUAGUGUCAUCUUGGGAAUACUAUUGCGAGUUGAGGAGAGUGAAGGACUUGGAAACAUUAAAACGAUUAAUCGUGGCGGACAGAUUAUUUCAGAUGUUGGGAUACUGACACGGUGGCCCAUAUAAGCGUUCGUCAGGGUGAGGGGUGAUUUAACUCUAUCAACAUGGCGAGAAAGUGCAACCUAUAUUUCGAAAGCAAGGGAAAAUCUCUAACAGAGACAUACGAGCCGCAAGGGUCACGGCGUCUUCCAGAGUGCCAGGGUACUGGCCAGGAGUAUGGUCCCCCACCACUGAGGGAUGAGGGACAGAAGGACACACUCAACUAUCAUCAGGAAAUGAAACGGAGGGAGAUCAACGCAACAUAUUUCUAGAUCCUGCCCGCAGAAGAUAAGGGAUACACCCAUAAACGAUAGUCACACUCAACCCUCGACCGAUUGGAGAAGGAAUGACAUCACGAUAGUGGGGAGUGUGAGGUCAGAACACUUUGACGAAAAAAAGGAGCAGCCAUUUGAAGUCAGGCCCUAGUAUUCAAUGUUUACGAUACGUUACAGUCAACAUAGGUGGGCAAGAUACCGAAGCUAUCUUAGAUUCAGGCACCCAGGUCCCAGUCUUGCACCCUGAAGAUGUUACCGACUUGAAUGACGGGAACAAUAAUUUUGAGCCCAGCGUUUGGGGAAGAGAUUGAGGCACGGACAGUAAAAGGUCCCUAUGGCUAUUAAAGACCGUUGCAACCAAACUUUAUUAUCCCCCGUAGAAGUCACGGUGGCACUGACCGAGAAAUUGAAGGGCCCUCGUCUCAUGCUGCCUGGUAUUCUCAAAGUGUUGGAAGGACAAGCUGGCAUGUACAGACCUCCUUACCUUCGUAAUCGUGCGAGUGGAACAGGUAGUCGUGAACCAAACGAUUGGGACCGAAACUGGUACUUGGAUAUGAGUGAUCGAUGUGUAGGUCUUCACGAUAAAGCAUUGCUUGAGAGGACCAAUAGUCAUAAUAGAAGCUAUCCGGGCCGAAAAGGUUCUAGUGGUUGGAAAUACAGUGACCAUGAAGAUUCUGGAAAUAUAAACAAUUGGGAAAGCAGUCAUAAGUGAGGAAAAGCAGAUUUCUCUAAUUUUAGAAAAAGAAAUCUAAAAGUUUGCCCUGAUAGCUACACAUCAUACAUGACAGACAGCGAGUGUGAUCAUAACUGGAGCAGUCCCCAUGCUCCAAACAAUACUCCAAGGAACCGCUGGCAUGACGGCAUUCACGGAAGUAAAAGUGUCUGGAAUCAGCAAAAGGGUAGUAGAUGUUCUGAGUACGACGACAAUCGGAACAGGCAGGAUGAACAAAAGACCAAUAAUCAAAGUAAAUAUUUGGAAGGUCGAAGUAGGAGGUACGGCUCCAGCGGCCUCUGAUCGCGUGGUUAUCAUCCGUUCGGCCGUGAUCGAGGCA